AGUCACAUUGGGGAAAAAAGGAGCGGGGGGAGGCGGGGGAGGUCGGCUGGUUGCGCUGUUCGCUGCAGAUCAACUUCUGAGUUGUCAUACAAGCACCAUCAGGGCGAAGGCUGGCAAUACUGCGCCUAGGGCAGAGGGGCAAACUCAAGAGGCUGUAUGGUGAAGGUGUGACUGGGAUAUAUCUUACCGGUCUUCGUCCCCCCUCGUAGCGCCCCAAGGAGGGCGAGUGUGUGCUGUUGAAAGAAUGGCGUUUUCUCUAAACCAUAGGAUCUGUCUUUGGCUCGCCGUUUCCUUGGCGCAGGUAUUAUUUGUGACGUGCCAAGAUGCCAAACCCGAUGCAGACGGCAAAGGAAGCUGUAAAGAUAAUGACCAGGUGUACCCCAACAACGAAAUCUGGAAGCCAGACCCGUGUAAGGUGUGCGUGUGUGACAACGGAGUGAUCAUGUGUGAGGACAUCCGCUGUGAGGAGAUUGGGACCAACUGUGAAAAAGUGACCGUCCCCGAGGGCGAGUGCUGCCCUGUGUGUCAGACUAACUACGCCAGCGCGUCUGGGAAGACACAAUUCAUUGCAUAUCAUUUGAUGGGAGCCUCCGGCGCCGUGGGAUCCAGAGGUCGUGCAGGAACCAAAGGAAGACCUGGGUCAGGGCGAGUCAGGAGCUCGGGGUCCCCCAGGACCAUCCGGCUCACCGGUGAGUCUCUCACGGCCUUCAGAGGUCAGACUUACAUCUUCAGCUCCACACUGUGGGGCGGUCACUGA